UAGGCUAAGGAAAACUAACUAAGGGAUUACUUGCCAUUUGGUAUACUUAGAGUUUACCAUAAGGAUAUCAAACUUGUUCGUAUGAGAUAAUAUCUCAUAUAUUAAAUAACACAUAAAAAUAACAAUGAUUUGGCAAUUAUGUGUUAUAUUUAAAACAAGAAAUGUCUGUAAAAAAGACAAACGGCAUGGAAAUAAAUUCAUAUAUAUUUCAAUGUAUAUAUUAAAUAAAGAAGAAUUGCUCGCGUGACUCAUGAACAAAGACAGUUGGUAAGUUAAUUUGAUGCUUAGGAAAGCUAAAAUGGAAUUCUAAAAUAUCGAUUAUAUAUUUGGAUCUUUACAGAGUUUGACACGUGGUUCUCGGUAGCUAAGUCUCCUGUAUUCCAGUACAUGGUAACCAGAAAAGAACAGACAUAUGAAGACUGCAAGACGAUUUGCUCUGUGAACUACAACGGAUCUCUUGCUAUGCAACGACCCGACUUUCUAGAAGACUUGAAAUACGCCCUGAUGACAACUUUCGCUGAAUUUGCGUGGACAGAGGCUGACAAAACAUGUGGAAUGAUAUCGAUACUUGCAACACUAACAGAUGAAGCAUCGCAUCCAAAUAUCAGCUGCUCCAGACCGGCGUCCUGCCUUUGUAAAAAAUUAAUCGCAACAACAGCCGCUCGUAAAUCAACGACGAUGGCAGUAUACUCCCAGCCAAAUAACAGACAGACAACAACGCCCACUAUAACAACGUCACCCACACUCGCUACAAUCACAACAUUACUUGCCAAAACAUCGACCGCCACUUCGACCAGGUCGCAAGCUCCCAACCGUAAGCUUUCUGUCCCCUCCACCUUCGGGUACUUCUUUACGCCGCAAAAAUUCACUCCUCCAAUUGACUCGGAGAGGCUGCAUCACCUGCAGACGGACUCCCCGCUGGUUUGUGCAAGGAAGUGUCUGCGCAUGACCGAAUGUAGGUCUUUCACCCUGAGUCCAAUGGAGAGAACCUGCAAAAUCUUCAAGAACUAUUACUCGGGGGAUGAAAUGCCUGUUGAUGCCACGAAAACGAUAUACUUCGUGAAGCGUUAGUAACGUAUUAGUAAGAGAAAAAAGUCGGCCUUUAUUUGUGAUGUGUGUGUACUUGUGUUAGUGUUCCUCUUGAAUCACAUGGCUUUAAAGCUGGGUCUUGUUUGUCAGUGAGACAGUUGCUUCGUUUUGUGCUGUUAUACUUAGCAAUACUACCAACUGACCAACCAUUUUAAACAGUGGUUAUCCGAGAACAGCGGUCAUCUGUCGACAAAGGUCACUUUGGUCAUUUCACUGGACUGACCGUUGUUCUCAGUUUUGGCUGUUUAUAUCGAUUUCAAUAUAAUUUCGUUAACAUAAUUGGACAAGUAAAAUAUAAAGUGAAAGGUCUCGUAAUAUAUCGGUAUUGUAUGCAUGUAAUAUGUCUUCCUUUGCGUAACAAAUAUACAGUUUUUGCAUUAACUGAUGACAUAUUUAUAAAUUGUAUUGUCUACUUGUACUAGUGAAUGAUGGGGUUCUAGAAAUCAUGUUACCGAUCAUAUAUAUAGUUGUCCUAUUGAACUGUUUUAGUGCCAACCAUAACAUAAUAUUUUUUACGACGAUUUUCUUUUCUAGAGACAUACUUCUACUUCAUUUUGAUAUUAUUGUGAUUCUCAAAUUGUAAAAACAACAAUUCCAAUUAUCUACAAAUCCAGAUGACAGAUAGUCAUUGGAAAGACGUACAGUAUAUUAUAAUGCUCGAAGUCGUUUUCCAUUUUUGCAUGUUAUAGAUUUAAAAUGGCGUUUAUGUGGUACGUGUUUAAUAAAUCUCAAUUUGUUUAACUUUAAAUACUAGUAUGAGAUUAAAAGUAAUUCUAGUUUGAGCCUGACAUGCGGAAAUUAAACUGAUCCAAGCAUACACAAUUAAAGCGUGCAAACAACACAAACUGAUUUCAGUAAAACCUGAAACAGGAUAUUGUUGAAUGAUUGUAAUUUAAAAAAAAUGAAUUCAAAUAUAGGGUUUAUUAUCAAAUUAGGUCAUUCAAUAAAGUGAUAGACAUUUCGUCUGAUAAGAUGAGGCGGUAUUACGUUUUACCGACCAUAGCUCGAGUAGUCUCACGUAGGCUAAGGAAAACUAACUAAGGGAUUACUUGCCAUUUGGUAUACUUAGAGUUUACCAUAAGGAUAUCAAACUUGUUCGUAUGAGAUAAUAUCUCAUAUA